AAAGGGUGGCAUUUAGUCCACAUAGCUUCUGGUUACGAGCCGCUUCCCCACAGUGUGUUCUCAUGCUCCGUGCUUUUUGUUUUGUGAACCACCACUGCCUGUAGCCCUUCCGUGCAGUUUCCUCUCCCAAGAGGCCUGGGACUCUGAUGUUGCUGAGACUGUGUUACCCAGAAACUCAGCACAGGACCUGCCCGAGACCAGGCUGACUCUAGGCUUUCAUUAUGGAUUUGGAAAGCUCAGAAUGUCAGGUUUCAUGCCUAUAAUGUAUGUGACACAAGACUAAAGCUAUGCUAGUUCCCCUAAAAUUCUAUAUGGUCCUUGAGAAUGUUUAUUGUAUCUCAGCUUUACUAUGGCUACAAACCACACCGAGGGAAAUGUUUAGUUGUGCCAAGAAGGUGGCAGCAGGCAGGCGAGGGCUGGCAGGGCAGGCGUUUUCAGUCUUUAUUCCAGGGAGGACUUCUGCAAAGUGGCUCAUCCCAUAAUCUCAGUGCUUGGAGAGGCUGAGGCUAGGCUGGCCUAAUCAAAAUGAGACUUUUUUUUUUCCUAACCAAAAGUCCAAGAGUUGGGCAAGGACUUAGCCGCAGGGUUGCAGGUAAUUCAUUUUUGUUCCCAAAACAGGGGCCGUGUGAGCCUCGCUCAGGUGCUCUCUCCCCACAGGGCUUCAGCUAUGUUGCGCAGGUUGGGCUGUGUGCUGUUCUGCAGCCUUGUGGCUCUGCUGCUCAGCUGCCUGCUCUUUCUGAAGGAGCGCACACCAGCAGACAGCUCCAAGGCCCGCCAGCGCAUCCGGGCACUGCCAAGGCCCCACCACAGCCAGUGCCCACCCAACCUAGCAAUUGCUAACACCUCCCUGUCUCUACCCAGCCGCCAUCGCCUCUUUUUAACAUAUCGACACUGCCGAAACUUCUCCAUCUUGCUGGAGCCCUCGGAGUGUGCCAGGGACACCUUCUUGCUCCUGGUCAUCAAGUCACAGCCUGGUCACAUUGAGCAGCGUGCAGCCAUUCGAAGCACUUGGGGCCGGGCGGGGAGCUGGGUGAGGGGCCGGCAGCUGAAGCUGGUCUUCCUCCUGGGGGUGGCAGGACCCAUGCCCCCAGCCCAGCUGCUGGCCUAUGAGAGUUGGCAAUUUGAUGACAUCCUACAGUGGGACUUUGCUGAGGACUUCUUCAACCUAACACUCAAGGAGCUGCAUGUGCAGCGCUGGAUAGCCACUGCCUGCACACAGGCCCAGUUCAUACUAAAGGGAGAUGAUGAUGUCUUUAUCCAUGUUCCCAAUGUGCUCGAGUUCCUGGAGGGCUGGGACCCAGCCCAGGACCUCUUGGUGGGAGAUGUCAUCCGCCAGGCCAGGCCCAACAGGAAUACCAAAGUCAAAUACUUCAUCCCAUUCUCCAUGUACAGGGCCCGUCACUAUCCACCUUACGCAGGGGGCGGCGGCUAUGUCAUGUCCCAGGCUACUGUGAGGCAUCUUCACAGAGCCAUGGAGGCGGCGGAACUCUUCCCCAUUGAUGAUGUCUUUGUGGGUAUGUGCCUGGGGAAGCUCGGGGUGAGCCCCACACACCAUGCUGGCUUCAAGACAUUUGGAAUCCAGCAGCCCCUGAACCCCAGAGACCCUUGCCUGUACAGAGGGCUCCUGCUAGUGCACCGUCUAAGCCCUCUGGAGAUUUGGACCAUGUGGGCACUGGUGACAGAUGAGAGGCUCACAUGUGCAGCUACCCCCAAACCCUAG